AAGAUAUGACGAGGCAGAGGGAGCUAGUGGUGGAGGGAGAGCUCCUGUAGCGGAAUAGCCGAUCGGUUCUUUGGGUUAUUUUAUGAGGUGAUUACACAUCCCUCUGAACUCUGCACUGGCAGAGAGUUUUGUACCCCUUUUAUCUUUUUUAAUCUGAAGUCACCGUUUGUUUUUGGGCCAAUCGUACAGGCUUUGGUCUGUUGUUUACAACUGCACAGCAGUCACUAGCAGCUUGUUUUGCAGUACUCCUUAUAUAUAAAUUAGUAUAGAUAUUUAUUAAUUUUGUAUUAUUUCUACUUUAAGUAUGUCUGAAGUGCCUAGUUUUGUAAAUCCCUUUUCCCGACCCCGGUGUUUGGCUGCUGCAGCUCCGGCUGGGAAGGCAAAACUCACUCACCCAGGGAAAGCUAUACUGGCAGGUGGAAUUGCUGGCGGCAUUGAGAUCUGUAUCACAUUCCCCACAGAAUAUGUGAAAACACAGUUACAGCUGGAUGAGAAAGCAAACCCGCCCCGGUAUAAAGGCAUUGUUGACUGUGUGAAACAGACUGUUCAAGGUCAUGGUGUGAAGGGUCUGUAUCGAGGCCUUAGUUCAUUAUUAUAUGGCUCCAUACCAAAGGCUGCUGUCAGGUUUGGAAUGUUUGAGUUCCUGAGUAAUCAUAUGAGGGAUGAGAAAGGUGUGUUGAACAGCAAGCGAAGCUUGAUCUGUGGCUUGGGGGCUGGCGUGGCCGAGGCCGUUGUUGUGGUUUGUCCGAUGGAGACUAUUAAGGUGAAAUUCAUCCAUGACCAGUGCUCUGCGAAACCAAAGUAUCGAGGGUUCUUCCACGGAGUGAGGGAGAUCGUGCGGGAGCAAGGCCUUAAAGGAACAUAUCAGGGUUUAACAGCCACAGUCUUGAAACAAGGAUCCAAUCAAGCCAUUCGUUUCUUUGUUAUGACAUCACUGCGGAAUUGGUACAAAGGGUCUUGAGGCUGCCAAGUACAAGAGCACUUUGGACUGUGCAUAUAAAAUCAUGAAGUAUGAAGGACCCCUUGCCUUUUACAAAGGUACAAUUCCCCGACUAGGCCGUGUCUGCUUGGACGUUGCUAUUGUCUUUGUUAUUUAUGAUGAAGUUGUGAAAGUCCUAAACAAGGUGUGGAAGACGGACUGAAUAUGACCGAGGAAGGCAUGCCAGCAUUACCAAGAGAUGACCCAGUGGUGCAGGAAUGGAACCAUGAGAGGAAACAUGGAGUAAUUAUCAUCUGAAGGAAAUUUUAAGUUGACUACCGAAUAUUGCGGG